ACACAGAGGCAGCUAAUCUGUCUCACCCUGUCAGCUGUUUCGAUUUGGUACUUGACAGUACUCUUUUGUACAGUUCAUGUUUUCAUAAAUAAUUGAUCACUUCUGGACAGCUUUGGGGUUUGUAAUUGUAAAACAUCAGCAUGCCUAAGGGAGCAAAGAAAGGGGGGCACAAAGGUCGCAUGAGAACCUACACCAGUCCUGAAGAAAUAGACGCCCAAAUAAAAGCAGAAAAAGAAAAGAGCAAGGUGGAAGAUGACGAAGCGGAAAGGGAUGAGCAGGCUGAACCAAAAAGCCCUCACUCGGGCUCAGAAGAGAGUGAUGAUGAAGAAUACCAGCAAAAGAGAAAGGGAGUUGAGGGGCUUAUAGAUAUAGAAAACCCUAACAGAGUUGCACAGAAAUCCAAGAAGGUAUCCCAGCUAGAGGUAGAAGGACCCCGGCAGCUUACCAGAAGGGAAAGGGAAGAAAUUGAAAAGCAGAAAGCUAAAGAACGGUACAUGAAGAUGCAUUUAGCAGGUAAAACAGAACAAGCAAAAGCAGACCUUGCGCGACUAGCAAUCAUUCGUAAACAGAGGGAAGAAGCAGCACGGAAGAAAGAGGAAGAGAGGAAAGCAUGUGCCUCAACAGUUCCAUGUGACUGGACAGUAUAGUGCUAACUUGCCUUCAUAUUUGUAGCAGCCUGUCAAGGAGCCAGCAAAGGAAGCUGCAGCAGCUAUACCAAGGGGAAUGCAGUCUUUGUCUCUUGAUAAAUAAUGUCAUGUCUACUAUUUUUAAUAGAAUGGACUACUGCAUAUAUGUUCAUUUGUAAAGCCCCCAACUGUUAAGGCUGUACAAACUCAGUAUCUUUUCAGAGAAGACAGGGUUUGCUUGUCUGGCAGCAUGCUUGUGUGUAUGUGUAUGGAUAACUAGUUUUCCAUAAUAAAGUAACCACUUCCUCAAACAUAAAAAAGUGGACACCAGUCUGCUGUUUGCCAGGUUUUGACAUUUUGUGACACCCUUCAUCAGAUUUUGAAUUCUCAGCAGUCACUGAGAACAAUAUAUUCAGUUGUUUUAGGGUUUUAUGUUUCUUAUAUAAACCAUUCCAUUAGAAACCAUAGACAUCAUGGACCAGGUUCAUUCUUGUUUAUAUUUUUGCAAGCCGUUCUGCAAGAAGAUUGGUUGAAUUAGAAAAGAGCAUUAGAAGAUUGUCAGUUUAUUGGCUUCAAAAACUGCUUCAGAAUCUGACUAAUCCUGGCUUACAUCUUACUUGUUAUUUUAGUAGAACAUGUAACAAUUUCCAAACCCAUUUUGUCUUUAAAGAAUCAUCUUAGCUGCAGACUGUGUUCAUUUUCUUGUUAUUGCUAUCUGAAAUGUUUACUUUAUUAUGGCAUAUAAAACAGAAAGGCCCAAGAUUCUGAUUUGAAGGUUAGCUGUGCCAAGUUCCCCUACUUAAUACAGGCUGAGUCACGGGAUCCUUAUAUUUAGAAAGGUAUUGUAGGAUUAAAAUAAAGUGACUCACCUCCAAUUUGGUAUAAUUACAGUAAUUGUGCCUCUGUUUUUUUCUGAUAUUGAGUGGAAUGAUGGCAUGCUGGCAUUCUCCCCAUUACAAUCACAUAAUGAAUGUUAGCACAAACUGACUUUUUUGUUGCCUUCAACAUUGUGAUAUUAUAGCGUUUUAAUCCAAGAUUUUAUAAAAGAAACCUAUAUAAAAGUUUAAACAAUACACAUUAUCAAAAAUAUAUACAGUAAUGUCAUAUAUUGAUAUAGGGUAAAAUGUAGGUAAUCCCUCAGCAAGUCCUAUACAGAGGAACAGGAAUAAAUGUAGUGUUUUGUGCAUGUUCAAGGCUAGCAGCCAUUUGCCAAAGUAUUUCCAUAGGGAGAACACUAGAACACUAGUUUUAACUAUUUAACAGAGAGCAUGUAUAUUUUUUGGUUUUAUUUUUUUUCUUCCUUUCUGUAUUUAUCUUUUGUUGCAUUUACAAAUGUACUCAUGCAGUAAUUAUCUAAAAUAAGAAAUCAUUGGUAUUUAUUUAUUUAACCCUGAAUGGAUAUGGCACCCCAUAGUUCGAAAUAGUCACAAAACUGUAACAUUUUCAUAUGCAAAGUUUGAUAAAAGAUAGUUUAUUUUUAAUAUUGCAUAAUUAAGAGGAUUAAAGAGAAUACAAAUCAGUCAGUGCUUACUGAAUAUUUUUUCUUUAUUAUAAUUUUAUUUUUGCUUUGGAUCUUGAUAAUCUGUGCAGCACUGAAAGCAAUCUUUUUUUAAAUUACUAAAUAAAUAGAAGAUGAAUUGGAAAGAGAUAGGAUCUGGAAUGAGUGAGCAAGUAUUUGAAAUCAGUCUUUAUUUCUUAAAAUUUCCAGUAGCCAAAAAACAGUGUGCUUUGGAACAUGUUUCAAAUCCAUGACAUUGUUCAUUAACAAAUUGUUCUGACUUUGUAAGGCAGCUACAGUUUUGCUUAAUGUAUUUUGUCUAGUCUAAACAUAUAAAUGUAACAUAACACUCUUGGCCAUUUGUUUUGCUCCAGCGUUUGAUCACACUGCUGAUGUCUGCUGAACAUUGUUGCUCCUGAAUUACAUCUAUAAAAUUACUUCCCAGUUAU